AUGUGGACAAACGCCUCUACCUUGACAUUCACCCAGACGAAAAAGAACAUUGAGAACCCGUACGACGUCGGCGCUACAUUCCUGGCCACGUCUCACAACCCGUCGUCAAACACGUGCAGAGAUUUCCCGCGCCCUACGGACCACCUUCGAGAACGAAUCAGAACCAGGCACCCUGCUGAGCUGUGCCUAGAAUACCUGCCAGACCCUGGCACGCCGGGCGACCGGCAGCUUCAUCUUACAAUUACUGAACAGCUCCAGGUCAGUGAGUGUGAGAAUUCUCAAGUCGUCACCGCCAGGCCCCUGGCGGUGCAAGGCCAGCCUCUGCCCUUCAGCGUCACACGCGACGCCGUGGUCGCUGCCAAGUUUUACGACCCGCUGUACAACGAUCAUAUCCUCAUCGAUGCCUGGAAAUCCGUCGACUAUUCGUACAGAAACGAAGCUCAGGCGUAUCAGCGGUUGAGGCCGCUGCAGGGAGUCGUCGUCCCUCGCUUCUACGGCUCCUACACCGUUGGCAUACCCGUUCCCCAGUCCGCCCUCCAGCACCACCACGCCCAGCCGCGGCCGGUCCGGCUGGUCCUGUACGAGUACAUCAACGGCACGCAGCUGUCAUCAGCCGAGGCCCGUGUUUUGAGCACAAAGCAGCGCCAGGCCAUUAUGCAAAAAGUCCUCAACUCAUUCAGCAAGAUGCGCCAGCUCGGCGUGUACCACCUCGACUUUCACCCAGGCAACAUAGUCGUGCUAUCCGCUGAAGAAGGCCAGGAGGCCGACAUUCGAUGUAUUGACUUUGGUCAUAGCAAACUAAGUGGCCCAUCUGAUUUACUGCCGACACUGGACCCGGAAUCUCGUGAGAGUGUGGUUGAAUAUUGGCGAGACGAAGAUUUGUGUGAUUGUAUGCUUGAUUUUAGCCCCUUGAUCGAUUGGCCGUGGAACGAGUGGCUCGAAAAUGAAUAUGUCGGGCCUAAAGCUGGGGCUCGAUUAUAA